AUGUGUGCUUCGUCCUUCUCAACUUGUAAAAUGCCAGGCCCUCUGCCCACUGCCGUGCAGAGGCACACGGGCGUGGGGCGUGCUUCCUGUAAAAGGUGUGUGUUUGAGGUGCUCAGUCUUGGAUGUCCCCUGGUGACAGUGUUACUAUGGUUUCUGUCCAUCUGGAAACACAUGAGCGUAAACAAGAUACAGGGCUCGCUCAGUGAGCUGGAGUCUCUCCAUGCCCCUCCUCACCGCUGUAAUGGAUACAGCUCCUGCUCCCUGCAGAGUCCGGGGCCCCCUCUGUGCCCUGCAGCUGAGAUCCUGGAGCUGGCCGGCAAUGCAGCGAGAGACAACAAGAAGGGGCGGGUCACGCCGCGGCACAUCCUGUUAGCAGUGGCCAAUGAUGAGGAGCUAAACCAGCUGCUAAAAGGAGUCACCAUAGCCAGUGGGGGCGUGUUGCCGAACAUCCAUCCUGAGUUGCUAGCGAAGAAGCGAGGAUCCAAGGGAAAAUUGGAAGCCAUCAUCACGCCUCCACCAGCCAAAAAGGCCAAGUCUCCAUCCCAGAAGAAGCCAGUGGCUAAGAAAACAGGAGGCAAGAAAGGGGCCCGGAAGUCUAAGAAGAAGCAGGGAGAAGUCAGCAAGGCAGCCAGCGCAGACAGCACAACGGAGGGCGCGCCUACAGACGGCUUUACUGUCCUCUCUACCAAGAGCCUCUUCCUCGGCCAGAAGCUGAACCUUAUUCACAGUGAAAUCAGUAAUUUAGCCGGCUUUGAGGUGGAGGCCAUAAUCAAUCCUACCAAUGCUGACAUUGACCUUAAAGAUGACCUAGGAAGCACGCUGGAGAAGAAAGGUGGCAAGGAGUUUGUAGAAGCCGUUCUGGAACUUCGGAAAAAGAACGGGCCCUUGGAAGUAGCUGGAGCUGCUGUUAGUGCAGGCCACGGCCUGCCUGCCAAGUUUGUGAUCCACUGUAACAGUCCUGUCUGGGGUGCAGACAAAUGUGAAGAACUUCUAGAAAAGACGGUGAAAAACUGCCUGGCUCUAGCUGAUGACAGAAAGCUGAAGUCCAUCGCCUUCCCGUCUAUCGGCAGUGGCAGGAACGGGUUCCCGAAGCAGACAGCGGCCCAACUCAUUCUGAAGGCCAUCUCCAGCUACUUUGUGUCCACUAUGUCGUCCUCCAUCAAAACUGUGUACUUUGUGCUUUUUGACAGUGAGAGCAUAGGCAUCUACGUGCAGGAAAUGGCCAAACUGGAUGCCAACUAGGCCAGCGUUCCCUAGAGCCAGCACAUGUCGUGGCCCCCACCUCCAACUGGAAAGAAAGAAAAAAAAAAGAAAAAAAAUCCCCUCAGCUCUUAUGGGGAGGUGGGGGCUCCUUUCCUUUUCAGUUCUGCUCAUCUAGGGGAAAUAAGGUUUCGGUUUCCGGUUUGAUUGUUUUUGGCCUUCUACAAUGUUUUCUGUUAGCACUGAUAGCUGGCAUUGUCCUUGCUAAGCACUGCGUUCCAGACCGUGUCUGACUUAGUUAACCUAGGAGAUUUUAUAGUUUUACUUUAAUGAAGUCCUGAUUAACACAGAGCAGUGGAGAGACCGCGCCCCUGUGUCAGCAGCAGCAGCAGCAGCAGGAAGCCCCGUUUGUAACGCGUGUUGUGGUGCUUUACUGUACACCCAGUGGCGUUCUUUUUACUAUAACGGUUUUUCCCCCUCAGAAGAGAAAAAAAAAAAUCAUAAAAUUUGCAACAGACCUAA